GGUGUGCUGGCGGCGCGAURGAMAACGAUCGGCGCAACGAGCAUAAAUUGCGUCGAUGUCCAACGGCGACGAGCAGUUACCAACAAGCAGCAAGCCGGUAAAUAACAAAUUAAUAAACGCGCAUCUUUCGAUUAUAAUCUGUGAAGAUCUAAAAGAACUAGGAGCAAAAGUAAAACAAAGUAAUCGUAGAAACCGCGAAGCAGAAGUUAUUGAAAAAGAAGCAGCUCAAAGAAUUUGCUGGAAAUUUUUUAAACGUGUAGUUUGGUCGAAGACUAUAAAGAAAGACAYACAUAAAUAUAUUGGAUUUAAUACAAAUAUCAUUGGUGAACAGAAAAAACUUGUGACACUUGUUUGUAAACAGUUAUAAAUUUUAUUUGUGCUAUAAAACGUGAACUGUUCGUAUAAAGAAAAUAAAUGUAAGGAUAAUUAAAUAACCAAUUAAGUGAAAUCCCAAAAYAAAUUCAAGCAGACGGGUCUAGAUAACAAAAAAUUCACUUGCUUUUUGUGUCAACGCAAGCAGCAUUAGAACACACGACAAGUGUACUAUAAAACUAAGCUACAACAAUAACAAUGACAGGUUUCAAUUUGAACGGCAGCAGCCUGCUGAAGACCAAAGCCAUCAAUGGCAACAGCAACGGCGACGCGAACGGCAGGAACAACUACAUUGCUGAGGAAUGUCCCAAUGAUGCCGCCGGCUCGACGUCCGCCAACAAUAACAAUGACAACCAUCAGCAGGAUACCUUGGAUGAAGUCGAAGUCGAGAACCGCAUUAAGAUGGUUAUAAAUGAAGAAAACUAUUCCUAUGAGCUGAUCAAAGAGAUCGCCGAUUACUUUUUGGAGCGCACCRKCAUACGGCCCGUCAUCGGCAUCAUUUGCGGUUCGGGUUUGAAUUCGCUAGCCGAUCACAUCACCGGCACACAGGCCUUCGAGUAUAAGGACAUACCGAACUUUCCCGUCUCUACGGUGGAGGGUCAUGUCGGUCGCAUGAUCUUCGGCUAUUUGGAGGGUAUGCCCGUCGUUGCCAUGCAGGGUCGCUUCCACUACUAUGAGGGCUAUCCGUUGGCGAAGUGUUCCAUGCCUGUGCGUGUCUUGAAAUUGGUCGGUAUUAAGUAUUUGUUCGCCACAAAUGCCGCGGGCGGUCUCAACCCGAAAUACAAAGUCGGUGACAUCAUGAUCGUGCGCGAUCACAUCAAUAUUAUGGGCUUUGCGGGCAAUUCGCCACUKCAGGGACCCAACGAUCCACGCUUUGGUCCACGCUUCCCGCCCAUGACGAACGCYUACGAUCGUCAUUUGGUGCGUAAGGCGCGUAAAGURGUGCGCGAGAUGGGCAUUGAGAAUGACGUGCAUGAAGGUGUCUACACCUGUCUGGGUGGYCCCAAUUACGAGACUGUKGCGGAGUUGAAAAUGUUGCGCAUUAUGGGCGUGGAUGCGGUGGGCAUGUCCACGGUGCACGAAGUGAUCACSGCCAGGCAUUGCGAUCUGACGGUGUUCGCUUUCAGUUUGAUCACGAAUAAGUGUGCCGUCGACUACGACAGCAGCGAGGAGGAUGCCAAUCACGAGGAAGUCGUWAUGGUCGGCAAAUCGCGGCAAACCAUUUGUGGUGAAUUAAUGUGUCGCGUGGUGCGCGAGUUGGCCGAGGAGAUGCAGCAGAAGAAUGGCAAKAAAUAAGMGCURAAACCAGGGGAAACGAACCAAAAAUAUCUUAGUUUGUAAUCAUAGCAUAGCUUGCUACGUACAUAGUUACGUAUAAAGAAGAAACAAAAAAGACAUAAAUAGAGAGUAGCUUGUAAAAACAAGCGUUGGUGUGGGAGCGAGAUAGUGCGCAUUCGCAUGCACUCGAGUUGCGCACCUAGCACAUACGCAAACCACUGGCCGCUUAUAACUACAGACACGUAUUAUGAGGUAACACUUAAGCAAUAUAAGAUUACUCUGUAGCUUGGCACUAGAUUUGUARUUGUAUACAGUUUAUACAGUUUUUAUUAUGUUUUGUGUUAGCUCAGUUUGUUGACUCUGUAAGAUCUAUUUAAAUAUGUAUGUAGACAGUUUUAUAUACAAUAUUAUUAACAUUACGGUAUUUGUACGCGUUCGACUUUGAGUCACCCACUACUUGUUGCAUUUAAUAUUGUAGUUUUUUUUUUUUAUUUCAUAACGACAGUCCAAUCCGCGCAGUAAGCCGACAGUGAAUAUAUAGCCCUCUGGAGCUAAUGCGUGUCCAAUACUAACUAAUGCGUUGUCUUCUGUAUUAUAUAAAACUUAUUUAUUCUUUUUAAGUGUAAAGUAUAUAUAUGUGUUGUACUUUUAGCAUUUCCUUAUUUCUAUAACUGUAUUCGACAUUAUUUAUUAGAAUGUACUUUUUCUGUAAUGGCGUAGACACCGCUUAUGCGGUUAUAUUAGAAUAUACUACUCUUUUUUUAAGAAGAUAUGAAUUUGCACAAUAUGAAGUAUUUGAUUGAUAUUUGAUUGUAUUUACUGUAUUUUGGAUCAAAUAAUAAAACAAUUAUGUAYAUUGUAUAUUGAGCACCCAAAAUAA